AUGGAACCUGAGACAGCAGAUCAGAAAAUGCAGGAUUUUGAGAUACAGGUUAACCUGGCUGAGAAGAAGCAGCAGAAACCCUUCUCUGAGAAGGCAGUGAAGAGAGAUUUUGAGAUGAUUAUCAUCUCAGAUAAGAAGAAGAAGAAGAAGAAAAAUAAGAAGUGA